CUGCUCCCUAACCGCAAGCGCUGUGUAAACCUGCGAGUCAAAGAAACGGUCUGCAAGCACACGCACGCAGACGGUGCCUGGGGCGAAGGAGGCGCCGCGGGCAGACGGCAGCACGACGCUGGCCGGGGGCAACGGCUCAGGCGGCGGCGCGAGGAGGCCGAGCCGCGCGGCGCGGCCAACGGUCGCCGCGCGUAGCCGCCCCCAACGGCCCGCGCGCCCUCGCGGCCGUUGCUGCGGCGCGGGCGGGGCGCGCGCCCGGCGCCUCGCCGUUAACGGUGGUAACGGCCAGCUCCGCGCGCGGCGAGCCGUGAGCAUAGUAACCUCCUGCCAUUGUGGAUACAACUUGAUCUAAAGAAGAUGGUGUAGUUUCCAGAAGAGAUCUCAGCUACUGGGAUGAGACAAGCCUCCUUUCUUCCAUUUCCUAAUUUUAAGAUCACCUGAGUGGACGGCUGACUGUGGAUCCUGGAGUCACAGGAGAAGAAAACUGAGCUCAAGGGAUCCGUGGAAUGAAAGCUACCUGCCCCAGAUGGAUGUGCAAAAAAAAAUGCUGAAAGAAAAAUUAAUGUCGCGUCUCCAGCCUGAACCAGAGAGGGCAGAGGUACCACAUGUGGUAAACGACAGGUAUAUUGUGUGUGAACAGGCCGAUGGCAGUGAGAAGGACAACAGUGAACUGUCAUCCUCAGUAAAGAAGAAAUACUCUAUUCUCCGCACAGCAGUUUACAGAGGAAGUACAGAAAGGAAACAAAAAGCAGCAAUGAAAGAACUCUCAAGAAAACAUACAGAGGGAAGAGAAGAAUCUCUUUGUCAGCCUACUAGAAUGUCAGAGCAUGAGACAGCGAAUCUAAACGAGAGCAUAAUACAAGUGGUAUCCUUAAUGUCACAGAAUGAAAAUUUGAAAACGACACUUUCCACAACUUCUACUAGCAAAGGAGUUCAGCAUUUUUUUGGCACAUCACCACCUUCUACUGUAUAUGAUAAUAUUAGGACUGAAAUGCAAACAGCUGUUUUGGAACCAAGUUGCAAUAAAAAGAUUUGUGAGCAACCAAAAGUUGAGAGAUCGACCAAUCAGCCUGUGAGGAAAAGAGUUCCAUCUUAUGAUAGAACAGAACCAAUUGAUGAUGAUGUUAUAAUGCAUAUUUUGAGGCUUCGAGGCAAACUUGGCUGGGAAACAAAUUUAUCAUCAUGUGAACAUUUAGCUAGCGAGGCUGAUGUGACCAGGCAUCAGAAGUUUGCAUUUGUGAAACCUUUAUUGCUAAAAGAUAGUGGAGAAUAUAUAUAUUGUCUUCGAAGAGACAGGAACAACUUUAAAGCUCCCUAUAACCCAUAUGAUUUACAAGCUGUCUCUGUGAAUACAGCUAGACAAAACAAAGAAUAUUGGACUGUUACAGCAUCGUUUGUGUCUAAGUUUUCUGCAGAGCAUAAAUUAGGAGAAAUAGAAAUGAUACCAGUACCACAAUGGCUGCGUGAAAGACAGCUGUAUUAUAAAUUACUCAAUUUUAAUUUAUUCUCCAAUUUUAGGAUGAAGAAAUAUUUUUUAGUCUGGAAAAUCAAUGUUAGAAGAAGCAAGGCAAAUAAGAGCGAGUCAAUUUGAAUGUAGGUUUUUCACGUGAAAAGAGUUAAAGUCAUACUUAAUCUUCUGAUGUACACUUUAUUAAUUUAGAACUUUCCUGAAAUAUUUAAUGAAACAAUGAUUAUUAUAAAAAUGCUAGAUUAGCUGUUGAUAACUGCAUGGAAGACUUUCUGUAAUAAAAAUUUUAUGAUAUGUUUAUCUUGUUGUGAAAAAGCCUGGAAUCUCAGUCUGGAGAAACCUGAGCUUUACUUUGAUGUUUGUCUAGUGCUAAGCACAGUAGAAUUUUGCUCCAUGACUAGGGAUUUUCGGCUAUAAAUAGGAUGAAAAUAAUUAUUAAUAUAGUGCUCUGUUGUAAAGUGAGAGUGAUUGUACCAAAUCCAGGCGCAAUAUAGAGUGAAUGAGAAGAUGGAAUUCAGUCCAUGCUGUUGAGGCGAGUAAAUAAAAUCCUGUCACACUUCAUCUUUUCUCCUUAUUGGCUUACAUUAUUAGCAUGUAAACAGUAUUUGUAGUAUGUAGGUUUGAUGAUAAAAAAAAGACUCUUCGCUUGAUUCCCCCCCCCCUUUUAAUGAGUAUUUAACCUAUAGGUGAGAUUAUUCCUACAAGUUUUAAUUAAAGUCUUGUGUUAGGAAGAGACUUCUUUCUGAGGUACUGUAGUGAAGUGGAGUCAGGUUCUGUGCUUCCGGAGCUUUAUAGAGUGUGCUUUCCUAAGGAGCCCGGUGCAACAUCCCAUUACGAUUUUCUGUGGCCUUUAUGCUUCAGAUGAGUUUUAUAUCAAAAUGAUUAGGUUUGUGCUGAGAGCAUAUGGAUUAAUCUUUCACUUGUACAUAGGGGUAAGGAACUAGGAAAGGUUUAUGUCCUUUCUUUUUCAUUUGAAUACUCAAGUGGAGAAGGCAUAAGCUAUCAGGUGGUCCUUUGUCUAAUUUUAGGGUUACUGAAAUGGGAGAGGUAUUAGAGUAAAUAGGGGUUUUAACUGCUGAAAAUCUGAAAACUGUCAUUUAUGGAAUUAAUCAUUAAAAACAAUUCAUGGUGAGUCAACUUCUGCAAAAAAGUAAUGUUCUCUCUUAACUAUUGAGUUAGUCAGACACAUGUUCAUUAGUUCAUACAUUAAUACUUAACCAAUACUUAGCUCUUUCCCUAAAAGCAAUAUUUUUGUAUGUGGAAAGCUUGUCAAAAUCUUACUAGGUCAUUUAAAGUGCCCCAACUAUGGAAUAUUUCUAGUAUGUUUUGUCAAAAUGAGAUUUGCAUAAUUCAAAUGAGCUGUCUUUUGAAAUGUUUGUAUGUCCUGAAUCAAAUGACAUUAAACUGUAACUAAUUUUUAAUUUAGAAAGUGGUCCUGAUGCUCUUCACACUUCAGCAUUUGAAUAAGCUGUUCCUGUAAACAAAGAUGGUGAAAGAGAGUCCAGUCCCUUCAGACUGUAUAGAUGUGUUUUGUUGAGUUUUUGUUUCUGUUUUUAUUCCUCAAUAUAUUGCUACUCAAGUGAAGAUGUUGGACCUUCAAGUUGGUAGGUUAGAGUAGGAUACUUCUCCAAAAGGAAAUCACAGAAGGACUUCGAAUGCAGUGCUGACUACUCGGCUUGCUUAUGCAACUGAUUGAUCAUUCUUACACUGGCUUACAUCAUUACCUCUUACAAAAAGCACUUCAAAAGUUGUUUUUAUUGUGUUGGAUUGUGUUCAAAUUCUUAAUUUCUUAAUUGUGCACCUCCUAUGAUCUGGGAUGUUGAUGUAAGGCGCUUUGAAGUUCACUUAUGUAAUAUGCAAGGUUUGCUAUGCUAUUCUUUGUUUAAAAGUCAAUAAAAAGGAUACCUUGAACAUAGACAGUGAAACACAAACACACUUGAACUUCAUGCUCACUGCUUAAAUGAGAGUGGGACUUGACUUGAAUUUUUAGUUUUGGAUGUGAAUUGCGAAUGCAGUUUUGUUAUGACACUCUGAUAAAAUUCGGUAUGUUAUGGCAUUAAGUCAUUUAUAUUAACGAUCAAUAUGUCUUGUUUGUGACUCUGAUCGAGUGUUUUUGUCUAUCUGACUUCAGUUAUUUUAUAAUUGGGAUUAUUUAAAAUUCUAAUUUAAAUUACUUUGAGGUGUACUGGAUGCAUAUUGUAGUGUUCUGCUUCAUAGUCAGAUGCUGUAGAUGCUAUCACAAUAUAAAUUGCAAUCAGUGCUAUUAAUAAUGCUGAAAUUUGCCAGAAGCUUUGAAAUAAUCUUAGCAAAAAAUGUGUUUUUCCAAUUUGCCAUAGAAAUUUUAAUAUUAAAAUUUCUACAAAUUUUGAUUAUUUCUGAACACUUGUAAACUGCCUGAAUGUUAUACCUUGGACAUCUUUUCACAAUACUUAGUGAAAUAUGAUUUUCUGUUCUGGUGUAUACCUCUUACUGUCCCAAAUAUGUUCUGUAUUCAAGUUUCUUCAUCAGUUAUGCAUAUCCCUUUGCACUGAAUACAAAUUUUGUUUUCAUCUUCAGCUCCUUAUGUGAUUCUACAUAUAUUGCAUUUUUCUUUCAUCUCAAAUCACUGUGCCUUUGGAUUAUUCUCCUUAGCAGUUUUGGUUUUUUACAUGUUCAUUUGGUUUUGCAUCAACUGCAAUAUAGAAUUUACUCUCUGUUGUCGAUAAUUAUGUACUGGAGAGGCAGAACAGGAAAGGUAAAAGUGUUUUUAACUAUUCAUGGUAAUCUUUCUCAUUUAUGUAUUGACUUGGUGUUUCAGGUGAAAUGGUCCUGUUCAUUGGAUGAGUUUUGUGAAGAAGGUCUGCAAAAUAAGCAAGCACGUAGUCAAAUACAAGCUUUCAAAGACAAGUGAUUGUAGCCAUUGAAAAUACUUUCUUAAAAGUAAUUAUUAAAAUUCAUUUGCAACUUUACUUUCAGUUUUU